GAAGGGAAAGCUUAACGCUACUGCAUACAAUGACAUUCUAGAUGAUUGUGUGCUUCCAACUUCGUGGCAGCAGUUUGGGGAAGGCCCUUUCCUUCUUUAGCAUGGCAAUGCCCCUGUGCACAAAGAGAGGUCCAAACAGAAAUUAUUCGUCGAGAUUGGCGUGGAAGAACUUGAUUUGCCUGCACAGAGCCCUGACCUCAACCCCAUCGAACACCUUUGGGAUGAAUUGGAACGCCAACUGCGAGCCAAGCCUAAUCACCCAACAUCAGUGCCCGACCUCACUAAUGUUCUUUUGGCUGAAUGGAAGCAAGUCCCAGCAGCAAUGUUCCAACAUCUAGUGGAACCCCUUUCCAUUUUUAGAUAGCCAAUUGUGAAGAAGAAAAUUGACUUGGCUCCUCCUGAUGGACUGGUUGGACAUGACUGCAACAUGGUCUCCAGGAGGGAUCAUCCAAUGAAGUUGGAAGUCCCACCCAGUUGGCUACAUUAAAAUGGUGGAAUCCCUCAAUAGUGCUGCCCAUACUAAUUCUCUUUUGGCCACUAGAGGUCUCUAUCAUUCUCUAUGGCAGAUACUUUUUGGCGAGAAUUAAUGUUCCUUUCAUGUUCCCUGUUCCGUCAGUCAAUUCGUCACAGGAGCUAAAUCUUUGCACAUGAUCCAGGGAUCUUUGCCUGAUUGGUCAGGGUUCAUGACUAACAAUCCAGGAAAUGCAUCAGCUUUCCGGUUAAAGAUGGUGGAUAAAGGAAGAGGUCCCGCUCAGGCCGUUGAUCAUUGAAAUAAAAUGGUAUGUUCCGGUCUGCUUAACGUGGUGGCUCUCCAAUGCAUUAGCAGUUUGGUCUGGUCAGCUUAGUUAAUUUAUUGUAUAUGAACCAGAACAAUUAGGGAGUGGGAUGUCUCGCUUUCUCUUCCGUCUCUGUUUCCGGUGACAACAAUCAGAAAGAAGGUAGCUAGCUAAGCUAUUUUCAAAACUUUGCUAGCUUGCUUUUUUAUUUAUUUAUCCGUGAGUAUUUAUACAAUAAACAACUUUUUCCUCUCGUGAUUGUCUUCAUAAUCAAGAUAGCUACAUUUGAAUGUAAUGUGAAGGUGUUGACCUAACCAGAAACACACUUGUCAACAAGAUGAAGCACAAAUCUGUGAAAAAGCAACACAAAAUCAUGAGGUCUAAACACAGAGACCCCAUCAAAACAGAGUGUGAAACACAGUCAGAUGAUGUUAACUGCAAAAGAGAAGAACCAGACAUUAGCCAAGCUCCCUCUCCCAACACUAAAGGGAUAACUUCCAACUCCAUCCAAAUUAAAGAGGAACCAGCGGACUUUGAAGUACAGAGUCAUUGCUUCGAUUCUAGAGCACUCCACAAGGAUUCUGGAACCGUCAUAACCAAGACUGAAACAGAUUCUGUUUACAUUAGCCAAGGAACAGUAGAGGUAAAAGCGGAGUAUGAUUCUGAUUCUGAAAUACAUAAGGUAGUGGUUAAGAAAGAAACUCAAGUGUGUUUCAUGAAGGAGGAGAAUGUGGGUGAAGAAGACACAGAUGAGGACACCGAAGACGGGAGGGAUACUGACAGCAACAGAGUCUCUUCUCCUCAGUUCUUUCCUUGUACACACUGCACCAUCUCCUUCACCAACCAUUCCUUCCUGGAGAAGCACAUCAAGUGGAACCACCAGAAGGAGUAUCUGGCCAUGUUGAGAAGCAGUUUUUCAAAGAGCAGUGGAACAGAGACGCUCCCAACACACAGCUGCCUCCACUGUAGCCUCAUGUUCCAAACCCCACGGCUGCUUAGCAUCCACACCCUCCAGAUCCACCCUUCAGCCACUCCCCGGAAACCUGCCCGUCCACACAGAGUUUCGGCAAAACUCUACACCUGCCCACAGUGUGCCCGCAGAUUCAGAUACCUGGGCAGUCUGCAAAACCACUGUGAGCUUUCACACAAAAUGGCUGUGAUCAGCACCAAUGGACACCUCAGUUGUGCCAACUGUGGGAAGAGCUUCAAGAAUUGUUGGGGACUGGGACCUCACCAGUGUCACGAACCAGAGGGCACUGAACCUCAGGACAUUAAGCCUGUGGUCUGUCUUGAAGUCGGCUUCCAUUGCUCAGAGUGUGGCAAGAUCCUCUGUAGUCCACAGAGCCUGAACAUUCACAUGCGAAUUCACACCGGAGAGAAGCCUUAUGCCUGCAAGGAGUGUGGCAAAAGGUUUGCGGAGAGCGGCAGUUUACGCAAACACCUGCUGAUACACUCUGGAGUCAAGGCAUUCAAAUGCCAGGAAUGCGGGAAGGAUUUUGCCCGUAUGAAGGGUCUCAGGAGUCACAUGACCACUCAUUCUGGCAAAAAGCAGUACUCCUGCUCCCACUGUGACCGGCAGUUUGGAUACAAGUCUAGUCUGACUAUUCACCUACGCUCUCACACAGGGGAGAAACCCUUUCACUGCACAGAGUGUGGUAAAGACUUCUCUAUCAAGAGAAACCUGAGGCUUCACCUAAAGAUCCACAACAAUGAAAAAGGCCACCAGUGUGGGGAGUGUGGCCUGAAGGUGAUAGACAUUGGGGCGUUGAAGACACACAUGCGCUCACACACCGGCGAGAGGCCUUACCACUGCACAGUGUGCAGCAAGCAGUUCAUUCGACUGGAACACCUGAAGAACCACCAACGCACUCACACAGGGGAGAGACCAUACGUCUGUUCGGAGUGCAGCAAGAGCUUUGCUCAGUCUGGAGAUCUCACAAAACACAUACGCACCCACACUGGAGAGAAGCCGUAUGAAUGUUCUGUCUGCCACGGCUGUUAUACCUCUUCAGGGGAUCUGGGCAAACAUAUGAGGAUCCACAAUGGCUCACGGCCCUUUCCCUGCCAGGAGUGUGACAAGAGUUUCCGCUUGGUCGGCCACCUUAAAACUCACAUGAGGACCCACACCGGUGAGAGACCGUACUCCUGCCCCCGCUGUCUCCGGACCUUCGCUCGCACCCACCACCUCUCUGUUCACCUGGCUCAGUGUCGAUGAUUGAUGAUAAUGAUUUGCCUGGUUGUGUUGCGCCUUUCUCAAAUUCAUUGCUUUAUGGGGGUAACUCACUCUUUCCACUACUCCCAAUGUGUAGCCCUUACCUGGGGGGGCAGCCAUAUUUCACCAGAACACUGAGGUGGGGCAUUUGGCUGACUAUUACAGCGGACAAACAAGAUGAUGUAGGAAGCGUCAAUUUGAAGGUCUAAGAGCUCCAGACAUUGACACUCCACUAGAUACAGCUAGAUGUUGGGUAGAGUUUUUAGUUGGCAUGCAGUUUCAGAUUUGUUUUCUGGACAUUAAAGGGAUAGUUCAAAGUACAAAUGAAUCUAAUUUCCCACUUACCGUGGCUGUAGGUGUAGAUGAUUCAUCAAAACGUCAACAUUUGAUUAUAGAGCAAUAAAGUGACUUAAAUGUAAGGUAGACAGACGUCUGUCAUGUCAAUUACUAUUUUGGGUGAAUGAUAUCUGUUUUGUGCUAUAUCUAAAAUCAUGACACUAUUUUACUGAAUGUAUGAUGACAAUAAUUUACUGAUGAAGGUGAGCAGAGUGGGUCUGCAGUACAGUCGUGGCCAACAAUUUUGAGAAUGACACAAAUAUUCAUUUUCAAAGUCUGCUGCCUCAGUUUGUAUGAUGGCAAUUUGCAUAUACUCCAGAAUGUUAUGAAGAGUGAUCAGAUUAAUAA